AUGUCUUCAUCUUCAUCUUGCUGCAAUCUCAUCACUACUGCUUCUGCUGCAACUAACUCCUCCGCCUCUUUCAGUUGGUGUUCCCGGCUGUCGGCGUCUAACCGGAAUUUAUCCCUCCGGAGGGCUCCCAUUUCCUCCCAUCCUCCUCCUCCUCUCACCACCCUCACUCUUCAGGUCCAAGCCAAGACCAGAACCCGAGGAGAAGACCGAACUGCCCGCCAUGCCCGCAUUCGGAAGAAGGUAGAAGGUACACCCGAGAGACCUAGACUGUGCGUGUUCCGGUCCAACAAGCAUCUCUAUGUUCAGGUGAUUGACGAUUCUAAGAUGCACACUCUUGCCUCUGCUUCCACCAUGCAAAAGCCCAUCUCCGAACUCUUCGAUUUCUCUUCCUCUCCCACCAUCGAUGUCGCUAAAAAAGUAGGGGAAGUAAUUGCAAAGUCAUGUCUUGAGAAAGGGAUUACAAAGGUGGCCUUUGAUCGCGGUGGGUACCCGUACCAUGGACGCAUCGAAGCCCUCGCUGAUGCAGCCCGAGAACAUGGCCUCCAAUUUUAG